ACAGCACAUUGCACCAUUCUGGACAGAGGUGCCUGUGAGCCUUACAGAACCUCAAGCUUCUCUCAAAGAGGCAGCCACAGAAGAGACAACAUACACCAUGGGGUCCUCUUCAGUGUCAACCCACACAGGACUUGUUCACUGGCAAGGGCUCCUGCUGGUUGUCUCACUUUUAAACUUCUGGAUCCAGCCCACCACGUCACAAGUGACAGUUUAUUCAAAGGAUGCUCUUGAAGGGACAAAUGUGCAUCUAUAUAUCCACCAUACAGCUCCCAGUGCAUCAGGCUUCCUGUGGUACAGGGGAGAAAACAUUGGCAGCCGUACUAAUAUUGCAUAUCUUUUAUUAAACCCAAGUAUCCAUGUAAGAGGCCCUCCAGGUGCACAAGCCAGAGUAGAGGAUGAUGGGUCCUUGUUGUUAAAGAAUGUCACCAUGAAACACUCAGGAAUCUACACUGUACUGGUCCAACUACAAGGCUGCCAAAAAAUGAUAGCAUGUGGACAGCUUACUGUAUACCCCCUAAUGAGAGCGCCCACCCUCCUGGCCAGCAACACCACAGUCACAGAGAAUAAGGAUGCUGUGGUCUUGACCUGCUACACAAACAGUCAUGGCAUCCAGUGGUUUUUCAAAGGCAGAAGUCUGAUGCUCACAGAGAGAAUGGAGCUGUCACGUGACCGCAGAAACCUCACCAUAUACCCUGUCUUGAGGGAGGAUGCUGGUGAUUACCAGUGUAAAGCCUUCAACCCCAUGUGUUCUGCUACAAGUGCAUCCCUUACACUGGAUGUGAAAUCUGAGUGACUUUUCUUUCCCCCUCUAUGUUGUUAAACUCUAAAUAAAGUAGUUUUUGCAAUAUCAUAGUUGAUUCAUGCUGAGGGUGAAUAAUUCUU